CUGUUGCUCUUCAACAUGCUGUCCAGGAAGAACCGCUUCAGGGGGAAAAAUGAUCCAGGCUUACGGCCCCAUUCCUGGCACUCCUCCAAGCUGACAGAAGAGGAGUCUGAGCCUGCCGGGACUCAGGCCAACCCAGUGUCUGUCUGGCAGCCAAAACAUGAAGCAGGGCCAGAAGAGUCAACCACACCAGGAGACCAGAAUACUCAGCAGACCAAUCAGCUCAGCUCAGUGACCAGCAUGGAGAGACUGGAGCGUCCUUCUCAUCCUUUACCACCAGGUUGUCAUCCUCCAACGAAAUACGUCGACACCUCUGAAACAUUUUCUGCAUCAGGAGCCAAAAGAGACUCUGCCUUCAGCUGUUUCUCUGGCAGCUCCAGCCCUCCUAUUCUGGAGUCAAGCAGGAAAGGUACCAGCACUGAAAACAUCUUCUUCAAAGGCCUUCAGAGUGAAGGACCUAAGCAGAAUGAACGACACAGAUACCCGCAGUCAAGUCCCGGGAACGGAGGCUGGGAGGGUUCACGGGUCGAGGAGCAGCCAGCAUCUCGGGUUUCAGUUGCAGGAAGGCCCAAUGGUGGCCUAGUGUGGCAGGCACCAGAGAAGAAAAAAUCCCAGUCCCCUCCUCCUCCACCGCUGCCGCUGCGUAGUGACAGCUUUGCGGCAACCAAAGUGUUCCCAUACUCUGAAGGGCCCUUGGGUCCGUCAAAGAAUCAUGGCAGCUCUAUCGAAAAAUUGACUGAAACCAACCAGAACUGCCUCAGAUUUCAGAACCAACUGCACCCCAACAAACUCUUGUCCUUGUCCAGCAGCGAUGUCAGGCAGUCUCAUCAUGCCCAAUCACCUGCCCAUCAGAGACAGUACAGCGAUGAAAGCCCUUUCUACCUACAAACCAGGAAAGCUCCACCAGCAAAGACCCAAAGUGUUGGGAGUUACUAUCGCAGCCUCCAAGAUCUGCCCACAAAUGCUUUCAGUAGAAUGCACAUCCGGCACUCCACAGCGGCUACGGCAGGUUGUACUGCAAACUCAAGUCUGGAGAGUGGAGGGCAAAACCGACAUUUCGGCCCUGCAAGUAACUAUCCAAUGCAAAUUGGUGAGGUAAAGGCCAGGCAGAGCAAAGCCGGGGGAUGGAGAGGGGAGAGUGAAUGGAUGAGCAGCAUUGAAUCCUGUUUGCAGAACUCUCUGAAGGCAAACAUUAUGGCAAAAUAUCCAAUGCCCCAGUCCCAGAUGCCUUGCAUGGAAAAUAAAGACAGAAAUGGGAAUGGUCAAAACUAUGACCACAAGACUCACAAACUUUCUCUUCAAAGCCCAAAAGAACAGUCAAAGAGAGCUGAAGGGCCCCCUAAUGAAAUAAAAAGAGCUUUUCUAACACAUCAGAGUAAUGAUCAUAAAGUUGGUCCUUCGAGACUUCAAGACCCUUGGGUGCCUCAAGAAGAUCACAGGAUAUCAGCUCUAAAAACUCCACUUCUCCACUUCUUGGCACAGGAGAGUCAGAGUUUGACAGAGAGGCAAUCAACAGCUGCUACCAAGUCUAUGAUUCCCACCCAGGAUGCCUGUGAAGCCAUAACCACCGGCAGUGGGAAAGCAGGCCGCCGCAGUGACCGCUAUGCCACCACCCUUCGAAAGGAGAUCAAGGAGAAGAGAGCCCAGCUACAGAAGAGCUGUAGUGCUGCAACCCUUACAUGUGAGGCUGAGGAUGAGGAAGAUGCAGAAGAGUGGAGGUCCAUGGAGGCCUCUGCAUCCUCAAAUACCUAUAAGGACCAUCUGAAAGAGGCCCAGGCAAGAGUCCUUCAGGCCACCUCUUUCCAGAGACGAGACCUUGAGCCCCUGGGGCCAGAGGCGCCAGUUAUUAGAGCAUCCUAUGGGCGAAUCAGAGGACGUAGACGAUUCCACCCAGCAAAGAGGACCCAUUCAUUCUCAGAGCCUGAUAAGAUAGACAAAGUGGGGGUGGAUGGAGAAUCCCAACAUGGCCCAGAGCAACAGAGAAAGUUCUUGGAGACCAAACCUGCAUUCCCCAGGCCAAUGCUGCAGUUAAGUCAUGGCACAGACUCGAACCUGAACCAAGGUGAAUCAAACAAAUCACAGGAGACCCUUCCCUCUGGAGAAAGUGACCAUUCUCAACCCUGCACAGACCCUAACAAGCAGAGUCCCAGACAUAAGCAGAUUUUACUGGAACUUCAGAGACUGGGUACCUUCGCUGAGUACCAGGCCACCUGGAAUGAAAAGAAAAAGUCAUCUGAAGCCAAAGCACAGGGGCGAUAUCACUCAGCAGAGAACAUUCUAGACCCCGGCGUAGAGGAGAAGUCUCUCUGUAUCCAUGAGAGAUCCAGAUCCUCACCUUCUGCAGACUUCCACACACAGAAUAUUUCCCCUCAUUGGAGAGAUCCUCAAUCAUUGGGGAGCAGUUUGACCAAAAGAGAGACGGCAGGGAGCAGGUCACCUGACCACAGCCCACAGGGGAUCCUCCCAUGCCCCCCCGACCACAGAACCGAACCCGACCCAGCCGGCCACUCCCUCUCCUCCGUCAGCCUGAACUCUGAGCCCAAACCGCCACAAACCCAGAGCCUCCUGCCACCACCCAGCCUCCAUUUAGGUCCAGAAACCACAUCCUGUUCCAAGGAAUUCCUCGCCGGCGCCCAGCCGGACCCGGCAGGACCCGGUUCUGCCUCUGACAGCCAGAACCAAGCAGCUGCCCUCCCCUCCUCUGGUCCCGCCCAGCAUGUUUCUCCUCACCUCAUCGCCCAGUCUGGAGCAGGAGCUGCAGAGAGCAAGGAGCAGGAGGAGUGGACACAACCGUCCUCUUCAUCGCCAUCAUCAUCAUCACCUUCAGCAGCUCUGGGUUGUCCCGGGCCGGACCAAACCCGCUCUCCUUCGCCCCAGUUUGCUCCUCUGAGGCUGACCGACAAACCGCCCGGCGUGUCGGGUCAGGAUGACCCGGGGCUCAGCUCCAAAGCUGAACCACAGGAUCCAGCUGGGAUGGAUGUGAGCAGCCCGGUCAGAAAGGUUCCCAUCAGGAUCGUCCACACUGGCUCAGAGCGGCGGGGCCAGGCCUACCUGCCUCAGAGCGCCGAGUCCAGCGCCGGCCCCACACCCUCCGCCAAACUGACUGCAGAGCGGACCGCUCCGUCUCUGUUCAGCGCCUACACCCGGCCAGAACCACUGUCGGCCCAGGAGUCAGGCGGCCCCCGCAACCUGGAGCCAGAGGACGCCAAACGGGAAGAGCUGGUGAGGGACAUCAUGGGCAGGGACAAGUCUCUGGUGGACAUCCUGGAUCAGAGCGGCAGGAGGACCACCAUGGACCUGAUGGAGGGACUCUUUCCCCCGGAGGAGAGGAUCCUGGAGGGGGUCCAGCUGAGGAGGAGGGCGUCGGUGGGCUCCAGGCCCUCCGUCACCAGCAGGAGAGAAGCGGAGGAUGCGUCCCUGUCAGCCACACUGGUCCCCAGCUCCUCCUACUACAACACAUCGGCCCCCAAAGCCGAGCUCCUCAUCAAGAUGAAGGACAUGCAGGAGCAGCUGGAGGACCAGGACUCUGAGGACGAGCUGGACGUUGAUCUGGCCAGUAAAAAGCAAGAGCUGAUCUCCAGCCUGGCGAGGAAGCUGGAGGUGCUGCGGGAGGCGCGGCAGAGCCUGCAGGAGGACGUGGAGGACAACGAGACGCUGGGCCGCGAGGUGGAGGCCACCGUGCAGCGUCUCUGCCAGUCCAACCAGCUGGACAAGUUCCGCAUGUUCGUGGGCGACCUGGACAAGGUGGUGAGCCUGCUGCUGUCGCUGUCAGGGCGCCUCGCUCGGGUGGAGAACGCCCUCAACAGCCUGGAGGACGAGGCUCCGCUGGAGGAGAAGCGGACGCUGACGGAGAAACGCGAGCUGCUGAUGAGGCAGCACGACGACGCCAAGGAGCUGAAGGAGAACCUGGACCGCAGGGAGCGGCUGGUGACCGGGAUCAUGGAGGCUCACCUGGACGCGGAGAGCUUGGCCGACUACAGACACUUUGUGAAGAUGAAGUCGGCGCUCAUCAUCGAGCAGCGGAAGCUGGAGGAUAAGAUCAAGCUGGGAGAGGAGCAGCUGAAAUGCCUGAUGGAGAGCCUGCCGGCGGAGCAGAGGCAGCCGCCGCCGGAGCAGAGGCCGCCGCCGCCGGAGCAGAGGCCGCCGCCGGAGCAGAGGCCGCCGCCGCCGGAGCAGAGGCCACCUCUCAGCCUCCAGUGUUAG